AUGCGUCUCUGUGGAAAUUUCAAUAAACCAAUUCCACGUAAAGUAGUCAUUUGUGGAGACGGUGCGUGCGGAAAAACAUCCCUUCUCAAUGUAUUCAUGAGUGGAUUAUUUCCACAUAGCUAUGAACCAACAGUUUUUGAAAAUUAUAUUCAAGAACUAACUAUAGACGGUGAAGAUGUUGUGUUGUCAAUGUGGGAUACUGCAGGUCAGGAGGAGUUUGAUCGGCUAAGAGCUCACUCGUACAAAGAUACACAUGUUAUUAUGCUGUGUUUCUCAAUCGAUAAUCCGGAUUCACUCGAGAAUAUUGCAAAUCGGUGGUUGAGCGAAAUCCAGCAACAUUGUCCACAAGCAAAAAUCGUACUUGUGGCCCUAAAGUGUGAUUUGAGAGAUACCAAGACAAGCACGACUCCAGUAUUAUAUGAGCAGGGCCUUGAGGUGGCACGUCGGAUUAAUGCAGUUCGAUACCUCGAAUGCUCAGCCAAGCACAAUAGAGGUGUGCGCGAAUGCUUUCAACAAGCUGCCAGAGUAUCCCUGACAGUUAACAAUGGGAAAAAGUCCCAUUACUCAAGAGCAUGUAUUAUUACCUAA